AUGGUUAAAAAGAAUGUAAAAGCAAAGAAGGUCAAUGCUACCAGUGCUGUAAAUGCUACCAAGACCGCCAAUGGUGUUGCUAAUGCUAAUGCUGAAAAUCCUGUAAAACCUGUAGAUGCUGUAAAUGCUGUAGGUGCUGUAAAUGCUGUAAAUGCUAACGAACCUCCAAAAAUCAAGGUCAAAAAGACCAGAUCCAAGAAAACUAGACAGUUUAAAAAAGAGUUGGAGUAUUGCUUCCGUAAAAACCCAUUCCCAGACUCCAUCGAGAAAGAGAUCAUCGCCUACCAAUUAGAAAUGACCGUCGAUCAAGUCGUCACAUGGUACAAGCACAAGAGGGAAAACUUAAAGAAAUCUAACAACACAUCCUACAAAGAUUACUUUAUCUCAAAGUUUUCUAAAACCACCAAAGAGUUAAACUAUUUCUUCAACAAUUUCCCAUAUCCCACUGAAGAGAACAUUGAAUACUUUUCAUUAAUCUAUGGUGUUGCCAAAGAAAAGAUCAAAAUAUGGUUCAACUCUAAGAGACACAGCAAGAAAGCAUCACAUGUAUUCUUUAGAAAUGGUAUCAUGCAUAAUAUGUUUUACGAUCCAAACCGUCAUAUUGGUGAUUCCUAUCGUUUCUAUGAAGAAGAAUACGAUAUUAACAAUGGUGAGAUUAUAGUGGUAGAAGGUCAAUAUAUACCAAAACGUAUUAAAACUUUUGACUAUAGAGUUUACACUGUUAACAACCUCACAGAAUCCAAAAAGAGAAAUCUUUUAAGCCAAAGAAGAAAUAAUGCUCAACAAACCUUUUCUUUGGACUUCCUUCUUAAUGAGAAAAGAAAUAAAGAUGGAACUAGAACUUUUUAUAAUAAAGAUGGAACUACUGCUAUCACUAUCACCCCCUCUUCUGUUACAAAAAAGAAAAAUAUAACUAGAGCUACCGAUACUCCUAAAAAAACUCAAAUAAGAAAAAAAACAAAAAAAUCAGAAAAAACACCAUCACCAACUCAAACCCCAGUUCCAGCUCCAAUCCAAACUCCAACUCCAACUCCAACAACUCCAAUCCAAGUCCAAACCCAAACCCAAACUCCAAUUCAAUCUAACAACAAUGUUUGUUUAUUUAACAAUGUUAAUAUCUAUAAUAACAAUAACAAACAUACCACUGUUUUAGAGGAUUUUGUCCAUUAUAGAACUUAUAAUAGAGCUGCACCAUUUAGUCAUUUCUCCAAUCAAGAUAAUAUUGUUAAUAAAAAUAAUAUUAUCGGUAAUAGUAGAAUUAAUAAUAAUAACUGUAAUUAUUCAUUCAAUAAUACCACUCAUAAUAUAAAAGUUAAUAAUAAUAAUAAUAAUAAUAAUAAUAAUAAUAAUAAUAUGAUUAAUAAUAUUAUGAAUAAUAAUAAGAACAACAACAAUAAAAAUAAUAGUAUGAAUAAUAAUAAUAAUAAUAAUAUGAAUAAUAAUCUUAAUAAUAAUAAUAAUUACAAUUUAUCCUACAAUCCAAACUUUAAUCCAUAUUCCAAUAUCUAUAAAACAAAUAUUGAUAUAACAAAUAUGUCAAAGCUUUCCAAGGAAGUCAAUUUAAAUAUCAGUAGAAAUGCCAGUAUUUUCGGUUAUACUAUUCCAGGCAGUAAUAUUGAUAGUAGUGUUGUCCAUUAUAAUAAUAAUAAUAAUAAUAAUAAUAAUAAUAAUAAUAAUAAUAAUAAUAAUAGAACCAUUAGCAAAAAUAUUCCAUCCAAUAACAUUGACAAUUCAAACAAAAAAUUAUUAAUUGAUUUUUUAGUCAAUAGCAAAUAA